CAAAGCUAACCACAAUUCGUGGCCUAUAAGUAAAGGUUCAGUAGGUGGUGGUUACUUCAACUUGUUGCCUCUCACUGCCCCCACUCCUCUGGCUCUGGGAGCCUCUGUCACUCUGAGCAGACAAUCGAGUCUGCAGGGCUCCAGAGGUGGAUUAGUUUCGAGUGUCACUUAAUCCAGGUGGCCCUUCUGUAAUCGGAGCCCCUCGUAGGGGCAGAGGUGGUAUAAACCUUCGAAAUCGGCCCAGGCUCACAGAGGCUGCGGGAUGGAGCCGGUCGCAGGAGCCAACCUGCUGCUGCUGCUGUGGGCCACGUGCUGCGGAUGUGCACGAACAGACGGGAUGAGACGCUACACGUCGGUCAUCAAGGUGACCAACGGAGGCCCUUGGGGUGACUGGGCCCAGUCAGAGAUGUGUCCUGUCGGAUUCUUCGCCAGCGGGUUCUCGCUCAAGGUGGAGCCCCCACAAGACUUGUUUGGCGACAACACGGCUCUGAACGGGAUCCGGCUGCAUUGCAAGCGAGGAAAUUCCAAGGGCAACACGCAAGUGGUGGAGUCCGAGUCUGGAAGGUGGGGCGCGUGGAGUAAGCCGCUGUGGUGUCCCGGCGGCGGCUUCCUUGUGGCUUUUUCGCUUCGCGUGGAGGCACCCCAGGACCUUGGGGACGACACAGCUGCGAACAACGUGCGCUUCCGCUGCUCCAAAGGCGCGGUGCUGGCGGGGCGUGGCCUGGCCUGGGGAGACUAUGGAGCCUGGAGCAACGCAUGCCCUAAAGGCGUGUGCGGCUUGCAGACCAAGAUCGAACCGCCUAGAAACAUCCUCGAUGACACCGCGCUUAACGACGUGCGCUUUUUCUGCUGCCAAAGUUGACAGUGUAGCCACCCUCUGCUUGGCCCCCAGCCUAGUCCCACCUCCCGCUAGUAAAGCUUCUCUGCCUUGGCUUUGGUUUCUCUUAAGGUGGAGGUGGGGGUAGUG